AUGUGCUGCUUCAGACGCGUUCGCAACGUCUACGUCCAGUGCGGUCACGCGUACACAAUGCCCGACGAGCUUGUCAGUGCCCCUAUCCAAGACGCUCCCCCGCCUCCGAUGACCGAUGGCUCUAUGUUUACAGAUCCCCUGCGAGAGCCCGAACUGCAAGUUCAGCCCCGCCCAUCCCGCUAA